AUGGGGCUCUUCAGCUGCCCCGCCGGCCCGCAUCCACACUCGCCAAUCUCGCCGUCGCGCCUCGGACCCAUGGACGCCUUCUGCGGCUCCGGGGAGCUCGGCUCCAAGUUCUGGGACUCCAACCUGUCCUUGCACACAGACAACCCCGACCUCACGCCCUGCUUUCAGAACUCUCUGCUGGCCUGGACUCCCUGCAUCUACCUUUGGGCUGCCCUUCCCUGCUACCUGCUCUACCUGCGGUACCACCAUCGCAACUACAUCACCCUCUCCCACCUCUCCAGGUUCAAGACGGCCCUGGGCGUCCUGCUAUGGUGUAUCUCCUGGGCUGACCUCUUCUACUCCUUCCAUGGCCUGGUCCACGGCUGGGCCCCUGCCCCCAUCUUCUUUGUCACCCCCUUGGUAGUGGGGGUCACCAUGCUGCUGGCCACCCUACUGAUCCAGUAUGAGCGGCUGCGGGGGGUGCAGUCCUCGGGGGUCCUCAUCAUCUUCUGGUUCCUGUGUGUGCUCUGUGCCAUCAUCCCCUUCCGCUCCAAGAUCCUUUCAGCAAUGGCAGAGGGCAGGAUCUUGGACCCGUUCCGCUUUACCACCUUCUACAUCUACUUUGCCUUGGUACUCUUGGCUCUCAUCCUGUCCUGCUUCAGAGAGAAGCCACCACUUUUCUCUCCAAAGAACGAUGACCCUAACCCCAGCCCAGAGGCCAGCGCCGGUUUCCUCUCCCGCCUGACUUUCUGGUGGUCCACAAAGAUGAUCAUCCUUGGCUACCGGCGCCCCCUGGAGGACAGGGACCUCUGGUCCCUGAAUGAGGAGGACCGCUCCCAGAUGGUGGUGCAGCGGCUGCUGGAGGCAUGGAAGAAGGAGCAAAAGCAGGUGGCACGACACAAGGCUGUGGAAGCAUUCGGGAAGAAAGCUUCUGGAGAGGAUGAGGUGCUGCUGCGGGGCAAGACUGGGCCCCGGGAACCCUCUCUCCUGAAGGCCCUGGUGAUCGCCUUUGGCCCCAGCCAUCUCAUCAGCUCCUGCUUCCAGCUAAUCCAGAACCUGCUCUCCUUCAUCAACCCACAGCUGCUCAGCAUCCUGAUCAAGUUUAUUUCGAACCCCUCAGCCCCCACCUGGUGGGGCUUCCUGGUGGCAGGGCUGAUGUUUGUGUGCUCCGUAGUGCACACUGUGAUAAUGAACCAGAAUGAGUACCACAUCUUUGUGGGUGCGUUGAGGCUACGUACAGCAAUCAUAGGUGUCAUCUACAGGAAGGCUCUGGUCAUUACCAAUUCAGUCAAGCGUGAGUCCACUGUUGGAGAAAUUGUCAACCUCUUGUCAGUGGACGCCCAGCACUUCAUGGAUGCUGUCCCUUUCCUCAACCUGUUGUGGUCAGCACCCCUGCAGAUCAUGCUGGCAGUCUAUUUCCUCUGGCAGAACCUAGGUCCUUCCGUCCUGGGUGGAGUUGCUCUGAUGGUCUUGCUGAUUACAUUCAGUGGAGCUGUGGGCGUGAAGAUACGGACCUUCCAGAUGGAGCAAGUGAAGUUCAAGGACACGCGCCUUAAGCUGAUGAGUGAGAUCUUGGGUGGCAUCAAGGUGCUGAAGCUGUACGCCUGGGAACUCAGCUUCUUGAAGCAGGUAGGGAGCAUCCGGCAGAGUGAGCUCCAGCUGCUGCGCAAGACCACCUUCCUGCGUACCAUAUGCACCUUCAUCUGGAUCUGCACCCCGUUCCUGGUAACCCUGAUCACCCUUGGGCUGUAUGUGUCUGUGGAUCCGAGCAAUGUGCUAGAUGCUGAAAAAGCCUUUGUGUCCUUGACCCUGUUCAAUAUGUUGAAGAUACCCCUCGUCACGCUGCCCCCGAUCAUGGGCCACAUGCUCCAGACCAGCGUGUCUCUGAAACGGAUCCAGCAUUUCUUGAGCCAAGAUGAACUUGACCCUGACUGUGUGGAAAGAAAGACAAUCUCCCCAGGCUAUGCCAUCACCAUAGACAAUGGCACCUUCACCUGGGCCCAGGACCUACCCCCUGCCCUGCACAGCCUAGACAUCCAAGUGCCAAAAGGGGCAUUGGUAGCUGUGAUGGGGCCUGUGGGCUGUGGGAAGUCCUCCCUGGUGUCUGCCCUGCUGGGGGAGAUGGAGAAGCUGGAAGGCAAGGUUUAUGUGAAGGGCUCCGUGGCCUACGUGCCUCAGCAGGCAUGGAUCCAAAAUGCCACUCUUCAAGAAAACGUGCUGUUUGGUCGAACUCUUGACUCCAAGCACUACCAACGGACUCUGGAGGCCUGUGCCCUUCUGGCCGACCUGGAGGUGCUACCCGGAGGGGACCAGACAGAGAUUGGAGAGAAGGGCAUUAACCUCUCCGGGGGCCAGCGGCAGCGAGUCAGUCUGGCCCGAGCUGUUUACAGUGAUGCUGAUAUUUUUUUGCUGGAUGACCCCCUGUCAGCUGUGGACUCCCAUGUAGCUAAGCAUAUCUUCGACCAAGUCAUCGGACCCGAGGGUGUGCUGGCCCACAAGACACGGGUGCUGGUGACACACAGAAUCAGCUUCCUGCCCCAGAUGGACUUCAUCAUAGUACUAACUGAGGGGCAGGUGUCUGAGGCUGGCUCCUACCCAGACUUGCUGCAACGCAAUGGCUCCUUUGCUGACUUCAUUCGCAACUAUGCACCCGAUGAGGACAAGUGGCACGUGGAGGACAGUUGGACUGCCUUGGAGGACAGAAAGGAUGAAAAGGUGCUACUGACUGAAGACACACUCAGCAACCACACUGACCUGACGGACAAUGAACCUGUCGUGUAUGAGGUCCGGAAGCAGUUUAUAAGACAGCUGAGCACCAUGUCCUCAGAAGGGGAGGGCCCAGGGUGGUCUAUGUCCCGGAGACGCCUGGGUGAAGCUGAGAAGGUGGUGCAAGUGACAGAGGCAAAGGUGAACAGGGUGCUGAUCGAGGAGGAAAAGGAAGAGAUGGGCACUGUGAAGAUGAAUGUUUUCUGGGAUUACACCAAGGCCAUGGGGCUCUGUACUGUGCUGUUCAUCUGUCUUCUGCACAUGGGUCAAAGUGCAACCACCCUUGGGGCCAACAUAUGGCUCAGUGCCUGGACUAAUGAUGCUGUGGUAGAUGGCCGCCAGAACAACACCUCCCUGAGGCUGGGUGUCUAUACCGGCUUGGGAAUGCUGAAAGGGUUCCUGGUGAUGCUGUCGGGCUUCCUGAUGGCGAUGAGCGGUAUCCAGGCAGCUAGAUCUCUGCACCAGGCGCUGCUGCACAACAACCUGCGCUCGCCACAGUCCUUUUUUGACACGACACCCUCAGGCCGCAUCCUCAACCGUUUCUCCAAGGACAUCUAUGUCAUCGAUGAGGUCCUGGCGCCCACCAUCCAAAUGGUAUUCGAAGCCUUCUACCACUCAGUCGCCACCCUUGUAGCCAUCAUGACUAGCACUCCACUCUUUGCUGUGGUCAUCUUGCCACUGGCUGUGUUCUACGUCUUUGUGCAGCGUUUCUAUGUGGCCACCUCGAGACAACUGAAGCGGCUGGAAUCAGUCAGUCGCUCACCCGUUUACUCGCACUUUUCGGAGACGGUGAGUGGUGCCAGUGUCAUCCAGGCCUACAACCGCAGCCCGGACUUUGUGGCUAUGAGUGAUGCUAAGGUGGACACCAACCAGAAGAGCAGCUAUGCCUACAUUAUCUCCAACCGCUGGCUGGGGAUCCAAGUGGAGUUCUUGGGGAACUGUGUUGUAUUUUUUGCUGCACUUUUUGCUGUGAUUGGGAGAAGCAGCCUGAGUCCUGGGCUGGUGGGCCUUUCUGUGUCCUAUGCCUUGCAGGUGACAUCUGCUCUGACCUGGAUGAUACGAAUGAUGUCAGAUUUGGAGUCUAAUAUUGUGGCUGUGGAGAGGGUCAAGGAGUACACCAAGAUGGAGACUGAGGCCCCCUGGGUGGUGGAGGGCAGCCGCCCCCCAGAGGGCUGGCCUCCACAUGGCAAAGUGGAGUUCCGGAAUUACUCUGUGCGGUACCGGCCAGGCCUGGACCUGGUUCUGAAGGACCUGAAUCUGUGCGUGCAUGGUGGUGAGAAGGUGGGGAUCGUGGGGCGCACGGGGGCCGGCAAGUCAUCCAUGACCCUCUGCCUGUUCCGCAUUCUUGAGGCAGCGGAGGGUGAAAUCUGCAUCGAUGGCCUCAAUGUGGCAAACAUUGGGCUCCAUGACCUGCGUUCUCAGCUGACCAUCAUCCCUCAGGACCCCAUCCUAUUCUCGGGGACCCUGCGUAUGAACCUGGACCCCUUCGGCAAUUACUCAGAGGAAGACAUGUGGCAGGCCUUGGAGCUGUCUCACCUGCACACGUUUGUGAGCUCCCAGCCGGCUGGCCUUGACUUCCAGUGUUCAGAGGGUGGUGAGAAUCUCAGCGUCGGCCAGCGGCAGCUUGUGUGCCUGGCCCGAGCCCUGCUCCGCAAGAGCCGCAUCUUGGUUUUAGACGAGGCCACAGCUGCCAUCGAUCUGGAGACAGAUGACCUCAUCCAGGCCACCAUUCGCACCCAGUUUGAAGCCUGCACCGUGCUGACCAUCGCACACCGGCUCAACACCAUCAUGGACUACACCAGGGUCCUGGUCCUGGACAAAGGGACAAUAGCUGAAUUUGAUUCUCCAGCCAACCUCAUUGCAGCUAGAGGCAUCUUCUACAGUAUGGCCAAAGAUGCUGGACUUGCCUAA